GCAAAGUUUGUGAGGAAAAAAGACAAAACAUGGAUGCACACUCCUGAAGCCUUAUCAAAGCAUUAUAUUCCCUAUAAUGCAAAGUUUCUUGGCAGUACGGAAGUGGAGCAGCCCAAAGGCACAGAAGUUGUAAGAGAUGCUGUUAGAAAGUUAAAGUUUGCAAGACAUAUCAAGAAAUCUGAAGGCCAGAAGACACCCAAAGUUGAAUUACAAAUCUCAAUCUAUGGUGUAAAAAUUCUAGAUCCGAAAACAAAGGAAGUCCAGCACAACUGUCAACUCCAUAGGAUAUCAUUUUGCGCUGAUGAUAAAACUGACAAGAGAAUAUUUACUUUCAUAUGCAAAGACUCAGAAUCAAAUAAGCAUCUGUGCUAUGUAUUUGACAGUGAAAAGUGUGUAA